UGUAGUUGGUUGCCAUAGCGACGUCCCAGCGGUUCGUGUUGUUAGCACACUUAGCACACGAUCCCCAGGUUCACCGUGAGACCAAACCAUGUCCAGGAAGAAGCAAGUGAAGGACAAGACGGACAGGACGAAUCCCGAGGAUGAGAAAAGUACAGGACAGAGUCCAUAUGAAACAUUACCUGCUCAGACCUUUGAUGAAUAUCAGUGCACAGGCAACGUGGAGAUCGACUUCCCUCGGCUUUGUGCUCUUCUGGACAUGAAGUGUAUCCCAGCUGUCGGCUCCAAGCAACCAGCCUCCUCCUCCGCUGAAACCGAAGAAGCGGAUGCAAAGUACGUCCACUCCCAGAUAAAGGACACAUCUUACUGGUCUGAGCCAUGUCUUCAAGUGGAGCUGGAAAACGACGACCCCCUCAGUGCCAAGAGCGUGAGGGUUUCAGGAUGGAAGGUAGAUGAGCAGAUUUCCACAGUGCUACAGAAGAUGCUUCCCUCCCUGAGCCGCCUCCAGAGCCUCCAGUUUCGGCAGGCGGGACUGACAGAUCACGUGGUAACCUCCCUCAUGAACACAACAUCACUGUGCUCCAACCUCAGGGUGGUGUCAUUAGAAGGUAACGCUCUGCCUGAACACAGCUACCACUGUCUUCUCUCUGAAGACAGCGUCCUCACUCACUUGUCCCUGCGAAACAACCAGAUAGGAGACAACACUGCUCGUCUGAUCGGGUCUGCGCUCUCAACAUCCAUAUCUUCGAACAAGAACCUGCUGUCCCUCAACCUGGCAUUCAAUUGUAUUGGUGAUGCAGGUGCUGCUCAUAUCGCUCAGGGCCUGCGCUUGAAUCGUGCUUUGCUCUUCCUCUCACUGUCCAACAAUCAGGUUGGAGACUCAGGAGCUGCUCAUCUGGCUGCGGUACUUGGUGAAUUUGCUCUGACUCAUGGUGAAGUUGUGGAGAGGAGGAAGCUGCUUCUGGAAAGAUCUCGGUCUUCAUCUCUAAGGGUCAGUUCUGACCAAACGCCCGCUGACCAACUUCCCUUGGUACCCAGCAGCACUUCACUGAAAGGGGACAACAAAGGCACGUCUAAAAGAAAGGAGGCACCCAAAAAGGACGAGAAACCCACUUCCAACAAAGAGAAGUCGAACAAGAGAGCCUCUGACGUGAAGGCACCUCAGAAUAAAGGUGGGAAGCCCGGGGACAAAGACAAACAACCAACUGCACAGGAGGUUCAAUCAAGCACAGCUCUGAAUGAGCAGGUGGAGUCGGUGGAGAUGGGGAACCCCCUGCUGGAUCAGUCGCUGCAGCACAGGGACGGGCAGCUCUUUCUGCCUGGAAACACAACUCUCGCCUCCCUCAACCUGACAGGAAACAGAAUCACAGAGAGGUCGCUGCCUCUGUUCCUGACGCCAGUGGAGAUGCAGGGUGACGAUGGAGGCCUGCUGCGUCUCUGUCUGCAGAGAAACCGCUUCCCACCAGAGUGUGAGACCUAUGUGAAGAUAAAGGAAGUGAUGGCACUCAGAUAUCAGAGAAGAAAUGGUUGUGAAGAGACAGAAGAGGAAGGACAACUUGUGGUUUAACUGUGUUAAAUCACACACAGCAGUCUUUUGGGGAAUAGAAGGGCAGUGGCUGAACAGGAGGACAACAUUUUCAUAAUUAAAAUCCAGAUGCCUGUUUACGGCUCCAUUUUACUUCUUGGUUUUGCUGACAAUCAGAAUUUACACCGAGGACAGAGACUGAGAACAGUGAAAUACCAAGCGCUGAAUAUAAAUCGAACCUGGGCCGCCCGCUGACUGAUCUCAGAACAACAGAGGACAACAGAAGCUCGGGGAUGAGGAGGAGAAGAAGAACACUGGACACUGCAGUUCUGUUGCUCUGACAACAGAUGUAGUUGAAUAAACCUGUGGUUCUCUUCAUGUAGACGGCUGCUUCAUGGUCCUCUGUGCUAAGUGACAUUUAUUCCACUCACUCAUAUACAAGACUGUAUAAAAGUUUUACAUUCUUUCCCAUCAGCAGCAGGGAGGUGUGUGUGGACUCAGUUAAUCUUGAAACGAGAUAACGACCCGAACACACGACCAGAUUCUUAAAGAGCCAACUUCAGUGACAAGAAAAACAAGAGCAA